AUGGGCCAAUUCGGGGUGGCAAACUUACAUGUACCUAAGAAAUACGCCAGCAAAAAGCACAGAUCUCGAGCCAACACACCCAACCAUACCGCUCUAGAUUGUCAUCCAUCAGCUGGUGGUGUUUUACAUCAAAUCAGAUUAGAAGUCGAUCGUGCUUUACAAGCUUUACGAGAUAAUUUGAUCAAUAGUCUUAAGGAUCGAGGCUUAAAGUUUCCUUCAGCUGUUCGAACCAUUGGCGUUCUGCGUAGGAUGUCAAAUCUAUUCUCCCAAUCAAUUGAUUCUCCUUCAAUCGAAUCACUUACCAAACCUGAAUUACGGAUCACUUUUUUGGCAAGUCGAUGGUCUUGUUUAGCCAAUGCACUUCAACAAGUUCAACUCUCAACUGGUUUCUCACCUUCAGCAUUAUCUUCUACUUCUAAUCCACUUCAUCUUGAUCAAUUCUCAGAUGCUUCACUUCAAUACACAAUGAAGAUCGUUUAA